GGGAACUCCGGGUCGAUGGGGAUAGAAAAAAAAAAAGAAAGAAAGAAAAAAAAAAAGCACGGCGAGGGACGGCGUGCGAAAAGGGCCAAUCUUAGUCAAGCGCAGUCGUCCAGGAGGCGGCCCUUUCACCCUAGCAACGGGGAUGUUGAGGCCGUCGCUAAGGGAGCCUGAGGCGAUGCCUCAGGUAGGCCGCGCAUGGCGGAGGCGGCCGCUUUGCGAGUGCGAGGCCGCGGAGCCUCCCUCAGAGAGGCCUCAAAGGAGCUCCUUGGCAACAGCCAAAAAACCAACACAACCCACAACAUUGACUUUCUAAACCUAGGGAGGCGCCCGGCUCUUCCUGGGGAUGAGCAGAGAAAAUCGUUGUUGUUUGAGGAAGAAAAUGGGAUCUCCACCAUUGAAGACUUGGAAGAAAGCUUACGAAAACUGAAGGUUCAGGUGGACAGCUUAGCCUCCAGUCUCACUGUCCAUCCAGAUCGAGAUGACACUUCUGCUCUUGAACAUGUGGCUGACCCAGGUCCCUUAAGUUCCAAGUGGCGUCCAUCAGGGCCACCCACUGAGACUGAAUGCUUACUGAAACCAAAGCAUCUUGCGAGACCAUUAGGGAAUCACUUGAAUUUGAUGGGUUGGGCUAUUCCAACCUUAAAUUCAUCCCUACCGAAUGAAAAUUUAGGAUUAUUUGGCACUGCGACUGUGAGUCAGAACUCUCUCCUCUUGGGAGACCUUGCUGUCCCUUUGAAACUUGGGGCCCCUCACGUGAUUGGUGUCAAGUCUUUGCUGCCCCCCACGAUUCCAGUCCGAGCUUGCUUGCCAGAAAGAUCCUCUUUCACGUUCCGCAGAGGCCGUUCACUUAGUCAUUCUGAGGUUACCCGCUCCUGCUCCUUCUCUCCGGAUGCCAAACGCCCGCGCUGGCUCCGAUCACACUCUCAGUCUCCGAGGCCUGUCUGGAGACCCACCUCGGCUAAGGCUAAUGCCUGUGCUCAGCCUCCGCCUCAGCUGGGGAAGGCCAGGGGAGUCAGGAAGAAAAGCAUAUCAAGCAGACCAUCACGGUUGAGGUUCUUCAGGCCAGGAACAUUAGCAUCGAAAUCCUGGACUUCCACUAAGGCAGUUGGACAGAGGACACCGAGGGAGUCUUGGAGUCCUUACAGUUUGGCUUCUCCGGUCAUCUCCUCACCCACGGCAGAGGAGAUCAACAAACGAUUCCUGCAGACGCUUUCUGAAAGCACGAUGGGGAGAGACCUGAUUGAAAUGUCUCCGUACCAGAAAGAGCUGGCUCGUCUCCGACUCCAGCGCCUGCGUGUGGAAGAGGCCUGGCUGUUGGAAGUAAAGAGACAGCAGGAAUUGGAACGAACCCGUGGCCCCAGACCCAAGUGGUACGAAAUAAGGGACUCUCAAUUCCACUACGAAGCCCACAAGAACAACGAACUUCUGAGAAGCAGCCCAGAGAUACAGUCUGUCUGUGGUUACAGGGAGGCCCUGUCAAGAGCAUCGAAUGAGUUCCAGCAGCAACAGAAGCCCACUUCCACCUCCCUCAAGGCCUACUGGUAAAGCGCCAAAGGGCAUCAAAGGAGAUAGAAGAAAGGCAGUUUCUGCUCUCCAAAAAUCCCCGUGUCGACAGAUCACAAGGUUCCCGAGUCUCAUACCUUGAAAAAUGAACCGUGAAUGCCACGGCAUUGCCUUUGGUGGGACCGCAUCCAAAAGAAAAAAAAAAAUAUUCCAAAUUA